AUGGAAGGUGCGCGCUUCCGCGCACUCGAUAUCAAUAGUGCGGGGCAGCCUGCAUCGCCCGCGCUCUCAACGCUGGUUCUUCCAACGCCUGCUGUUGUGAGGCCGCUUACACUUCAGGCGUCCGUUGUGGGAGACGCGAAAAUGGACGGCUACGACAAAGAAAAUGCAACACGCGAGAUUGUUAGAAGCGACACGCCCGUAGUACUGGAGACAGAAGGCAAACACCAAUCCCGCUCUCCGGCGAAGUCAUCAACACAGAUCGAGACUCGACAGUCGACUCCCACGAGAAUGUUUCCCCUCGGUCCGGCCGCUGCUCCCAAGAACCCGAGGAAGAACUCACAGAGCCACAAUGGUUUUCAUGCUACCAAUCGCCCAUCCAUCAAUUCUCCAAGAAGCCGUCCUUCAAAGCGUCCUUCGAGUCCACUCAAGCGAACACCUGCCCCAGGAAAGAACGAACGUUUCGAGACAACACCAACAGGUUUUCGAUAUACUAUCGAGCUACCUGAGAGCAAAAUCGUGCCGAAGAAAGAUAGCGGCACCACUCCAAGCAAGUCUAAAACUUCUACGCCGGUGAAAGGCUUCGCGCGUAUGGAUAGUACUUCCAAGACAAACAGCCCCGAACGAGCGAUCAGCCCAUCGAAAUCGAGGUCCAUAAGCCCGCGGAAGGAGCUGUUGCAGACGCGUGCUGCGAGUCCGGAGAAGAAGAGCGUUGGGACUGGUGUGGAUCAAGCGGAGCCGACUCCGAAGGCCCACAAGAAGCGCGAUUCGGUGAAGUUGACGAAGACGAAUUGUGUGCAUGCCGGCACGCCGACUGUUGAAGUUACGAAGGGUGACAUGUGGACGGGUGUGCAAUUCCGCUCGCCUUUUACGUCUGAGACUAGUAGUAGUGUCGAAAUGCAGGUGAAGGAAACCGAGGCGAGUGAAGGUGAACGCAGAUUAGGUAUGAACGGUGUGUCCUCUUCACCAGUAUCUAUGGAGUCUCAAGAAAAAUCUACUCCGAUUAAAGAGAAGGCGAGCGUACCAUCGAGGAAGCAGUCGAUACCAACCAACUUUGGCGAAAUGCUUAGGAACUCGAGCCAAAAUUUGCUACACACCCGUUCAAGUUUGUUUGACGAAGUCCCUGAUAAGAAGCAGUCCACCAGUCCCACAAUCCUGGAAAAGGCUAGACGGAAAUCCGAAAUCGUGACUGAAUCUCUGCUUGGAGUCAUUGCGAAGCCGAACUUCCACGGCGACUCUCUGACGGAAGAUGUGGUCGCACCAGUAGUCAAAGACUUCGCCAAUGAAGCGAAUGAUCGAACGAACAAGGUCGUUAUGGAAGAGGCCAGAACAAGAGUACAUAAGAGUCAGACAGACAGAAGGGUGUCGUUCGCCAAUACCCCCCGAACGCCGACUGGCACUCCACCGGCCCUCAUCGCAGCAAUGGAAGCAGACAUGGACGGCAUACGCAACAGCCUUCGACGAUCACUAGGCGACGGGGACGCAGCCGCACCUCGAGGUCCUGACCUCACGCGUUGGCUAGGCUCCAGCACAAACGAUAAAAGUAAAAGUCUUCCAGACUUAUCUCUCAGUACAGACGCAACGAACGUUGGUAACACGCCUCGUCGCAGCCUGCACGAGCGUAUGGCAGCCGCAAAGCAGAACAUCUUGUCGAGAAGUUCAUCACGCUCGAAGAAGACGGCUCCAUCACCGCUUCCACUGCGAACAGUUAGCAAGACUGAAAGGAAGGAGCACUUCCACUCACGUCUGCCUCGCCUAUCACCUACGAAACCUAAAACGCAGCUCAGGGUGCCUGGAACCAUCCCACAAGCGCCUCGAACCUCGCCCUUUGAAGUUGCAAAAGCUGCACCGCUGACACCCAGCCGCGUCCCAGCGAUGGCCUCGCACCGUGCUCGCUAUACACGCGAGACCCAGGACAGAGGGGAGAACGUGGGUUUUGCGAGCUCAGAGGAUAUCGCAAAGCAAGUCGAGGAGUGGAACAGCAUCUCGCAGCAGCCAGAGACGAAGCCCGCCGUUCGAGCACCGCAGCCAAAAUCAGUAGCAAAAACGCCCAUCAAAACGACGGCCAGGGUGACGACGACUCCACGCUCAAACCCCACCUUCAUGAGUCCAACAGCUACCAGCAAUGCAAAGUUGGAAAAGCGGAAAGAGACGAAGAGCUACACGCCUCCAGGCUCACCCGCCACACCAGGCAUGCUUCCGCGGUCUCCGAGACAGGCACAUCUCUUUGCUUCCAAACCUACCCCUUCACCUGCCAAGAAGAAACUUUCACCGCUGAAGAAUCCUAAAAUCCGCGCCCUCACAGCCGCCGCCCCGCGGACGCCUCUGCCCCGCAACAAGGGUGACGUGAGAGGGAUGAAUAGGGGAGCUCUGCGCACGCCUAGCAAGGAGAUGGGAAACAAGUUGGACGCAGAAAUUGAUGCGCAUCUGGAGCGCGAGGCGCUGGCUGGACGCGUCUUUACGCCGAGCGGGCAGCGGAUUAGUGAUUUGCUAGCUAGGAGGCGGAAGAGCGGGGAGUUGAGAAGUGGAGAGGAUGCGAAUAAGGUAGUUAAUCCUAAGGGGACGGGGUGA